GACACGGGCGGCUCCUCCCCGGCCGGGCAGCUGGAGCCAGGACGCGGCAAAGCUGCGGCGACCCCAGCACGGCCUGUCCGGCUCCGUCGCUGCCGCCCCCACGGCCGCAUCUCCCGAGCGCUGCGGGGAGCGGCGGAGGGCCGGGGCCGGGGCUGGAUCCCGCUCGCGCAGGGCUGCUGCCGGCCCUGGGCCCCGGCGCGGGCCGGGCCUGGCUCGGCCCCGGAGGCAGCGGGGGCGAUGCUGGCGUCUGCCCCCCGCGCCUGCCCGGGGUGAGGCGCCGCCUCCACGCGCGUGGCUUCCUGGCGGCCGAGGGCCUCCGGCGCGGCACCUCGAGCAAGACCUGCCGCCGCCGCCGCGCUCGGCGGAGCGACUCGCUGCGGGGAGGUGCCCGGCGGCGCUUGCUGUGGCUGAGUGCGGGCUGGGGACUUGGAAGGAAGUGGCUGCGUGUUUCCGCGAGGACGUUGCCAAGAUCCCCUGGAUUCCGGUCCGAGCCCUCGGCAGGGACGUCAUGCUGCAGAAUGAGGAGACUUUGCUCUCCCUAGCAGGUGAUGGCACCACGAGGGAAAAUAAUCCCCAGCAUCCUGGACUGGAGCAGGGGAAACUCCAUGAGAUAGUCAUGGGAGGAGCUGAAGGGGAUGUUCCCCAGGGUCCUAAGCAGGAAGAAGCUCUUGAGAGUCAGUGCAGGCCAAGGGAGUGGCAGGGAAAGCUCCUGAAUGGAACAGAGGUUGACUCGAGUACAAGAGGGCAAGACUUCAGGCAUGGGAACAGAGUCGCAGUCCACUCCAGAAUCUGCAGUAAAGAGAAACCCUGGGAAUGUGUCGAAUGUGCCAGGCUAUUCCAAGGCAGCUCCAAGCCUUCUGCACAUCAGAAUGAUGUCAGCUCUAGCUUGACUCUUUUGACCCCUCAGAGCAUCCACGCAAAAGAAAAAGGCCACAUGUGCCCUGACUGUGGGAAAAGUUUCCAACGGAGGAGUAGCCUUUUUCAACACCACACCAUUCACACAGGAGAGAAACCCUACAUGUGCCCUGACUGUGGGAAGAGUUUCCGCCUGAAAUGUUCCCUUAUUCAUCAUCAAAGGCUUCGUCCAGGGGAAAGUCCUUAUGCCUGCCCUGUGUCUGAGAAAGCCGACAAGUCGCAGCCCAGUCUUACUCUGCAUCAGAGCAUCAGCACAGAGGAGAAACCCCAUGUGUGCCCUGAUUGCGGGAGGCGGUUCAGACGGAGGGGUAACCUUAUUGAACAUCGGAGUGUCCACACAGGAGAGAAACCCUAUGCCUGCCCUGAUUGCAGCAAAAGUUUCAGACGGAAGAGAAACCUUAUUCAGCAUCACAGCAUCCACACAGGAGAGAAACCCUUUGCGUGCCCUGACUGCGGGAGGAGUUUCCGUCUGCGGUGUUCUCUUACUCAUCAUCAAAGGCUCCGCCCAGGAGAGAGUCCCUCUGCGUGCCCUGGCUCUGAGAAGACUGACCCACAGCAGCCCAGUCCUACUCCACAGAGCAUUGACACAAGAGAGAAACCCUAUGUGUGCCCCGACUGUGGGAGGAGCUUCAUUCACAAGAAGAGACUUACUCAACAUCAGAGCAUCCACGCAGGCUCCAGAACAAUGUCCACGCUAUGCUCCAGAUCACCACAUAGUCCCAAGGAACAGGGAAGCAAACUGGCUGCAGUGGCACCAGAGCAGGGGCCAGUGACCUUGGAAGAAGUGGCUGUGUGUCUCCCUGAGGGGAAACAAGCUCUGUUGGACUCCAGUCAGAGAGUCUUGUGCAGGGAUGUUAUGCUGGAAAAUAAUGAGACUCUGGUGUCUCUAGGCAAUGAGACUGUGAAGGAAAACAAGGCUGAGAAUCUCCAGCUGUGCUGUUGGGGGCAGGCAGAACUCCCUGGGACAGCCCUAGGAAGAGCAAAAGGCAAUGUUCACCAGUGUCCCAAGCAGAGAAAAGCCCAUAAGAGUCCAUGCAGACUAGGUGGGCAGCAGGGAAAGCUCCCCCAGGGAAGACCAAUUGAAUCCGGUCCUGGAGAACAAGGGUUUGGGCACGGCAAUGGAGCCACAAUCCACUCCAGAAUCUGCAGUGAAGAGAAACCCUGGGAAUGUGUUGAAUGUGCCAGAAUAUUCCAAGGCAGCUCAAAGCCUUCUGCACAUCCAAAUAGCACUGAUGCUAGCUCAAUCCACUUGACCCCUCAGGGCAUCCCCUCGGGAGAGAAAUUCUACAUGUGCCCUGACUGUGAGAAAAGUUUCAGGCGGAGGAGUAACCUUAUUGAACAUCAGAGCAUCCAUACAGGAGAGAAACCCUAUGCCUGCCCUGACUGUGGCAAAAGCUUUAGACGGAAGAGAAACCUUUUUGAACACCACAGCAUCCACACGGGAGAGAAACCCUUCAUGUGCACUGACUGUGGGAAGAGUUUCCGUCUGAGAUGUUCUCUUAUUCAUCAUCAGCGGCUCUGCACGGCAGAGAGGCCCUGUGUGUGUCCUGUCUUGGAGAAAACCUACAAGUCGGGAUCCAGUCUUACUCGGUAUCAGAACAGUGGCACAGGAGACAAACCAUACACGUGCCCUGACUGGGGGAGGAGCUUCAUGCACAAGGAGAAACUUAUUCAACAUCAGAACAUCCAUACAGGCUCCAGAGUUACAUCCAUAGUUGGCUCCAGAUCAUCCCGUAUUUCCAAGAGACAGGAAAAGGAAGUGACUGCUGUGGUCCAGGGGCUGGUGACAUUUGAGGAUGUAGCUGUGUAUUUCACCAAACAGCAGUGGGCUCUGCUGGAUCCCAUUCAGAGAUCCCUCUACAGGGAUGUCAUGCUGGCGAAUUAUGAGACAGUGGCCUCUCUGGCUGGAUUUCCUCUUCCCAAACCGGACAUGAUAUCCCACCUGGAACAGGGGGAAGAGCCAUGGGUCCCAGAUCAAGAGGGCUCAGAGGGAAGGGAUGCCCUGAGAGACAUUCACACAGCCGGCAUUGGAACAGUGAGUGAGAAUGAGGAAAGGAAUCCCCAGCAGCUAUGUCCUGAGCAAGCAGAAGCAGAUGGAGCGUCACUGGGAAGAGCUGCAGGGGACAUUUCCCAGGUCUCUGAGCAGGAAAAAGCUGAAGAGAGUCAGGGGCAGCUGAAGAGGCAGCAGAAAAUAGUCCCUCAGAGGAGCCCAUGGAAAUCACCCUCACAGGGGGAGGGUUGGAGGAUUGUAAUGGGACUGUCAAAAACCUACAGUGAAGAGCAACUGAAUGAUUAUGGAGAAGCUUCUGACACACAUCAAAGCUGUGUGCUUGUCGUAUCAUCCCGCAGGGAAGGCUCGGUUGCAGCGCCAGCAGAUCGUCCCAAGCUUCAAGCUACUGCUGAUCACGCCAGGCCUGGCCGGGCUGCCGCGGGUCCGGCAGGCACGUGGCGUCUUCACCAGCCGGGCGGGGCCUUGCCAGCGUCCCCGCGCCGGCCCCGGAGCGGCUCGGCCCCGGCCCCGGCCCCGGCCCAGGCCCCUGGUUCCCGCGGGCUCCGGCAGGGGGCGCCCGGCGCUCGGGCUCGUCGGCUGCCAGCGCCCGCCCCGGGGCCGCGCCGCCCGUGGGAAGGCUCCGGCUGCGGAGGCGCCGGCCCAGGUCAAGUGACGUUGGAGGAGGUGGCCGUGUGUUUCCCCAAGGGGCAGCAGACUCCACUGGACCCCAGUCAGAGAGCCCUCUGCAGGGACGUCAUGCUGGAGGAGAAUGAGAAUCUGGUCUCCCUGGCCCAGGGAGUACCUCAUGUCUGCAUUCUGGUUCCCUACUCUCCUCUCUCUUUUGCAUCUGGCAGUGAGACCGUGAUGGAAAAUAACAUACAGAAUCCCCACCAGCCCUGCCCAGAGAAGGCAGAACUCCAUGGGGCAGCCUUGGGAGGAGCAGAAGGGUUCAUCCCCCAGCAUCCUGAGCCGAGAGGAGCCCAGGAGAAUCAGUGUGGAUCAAGGGGGCUGCAGGGAAAGCUCCCCCAGGGCAGAUGUGUUGGUUCCAGUCCUGGUGGUUGCAGCUUCUGGGACCUGAAUGGAACCAUGGUCCAGCCACAAAUCUGCAGUAAAGAAAAACCCUGGGAAUUUGCCAACUACAGCAGAAGACUCAAUCUCAGGUCAAAGGUUUCUGCAAAGGAGAGUGCGUGCCUGGCAAUACGUUCCUAUGAUUGCCUUGACUGUGGGAAAAGUUUUAUCACUAGCUCAGACCUUUUGCAGCAUCACAUCCUCCACUCUAGAGACAAACCCUACACGUGCGUUGACUGUGGGAAGAGUUUUACCCGGAAGUAUGGUCUUACUGAACACCAGAGCAUCCACACGGGUGAGAAACCCUACACGUGUCCUGACUGUGGGAAAAGCUUCAGACGGAAAAAUGGCCUCAUUGAACACCAGAGGAUCCACACAGAGGAGAAACCCUACAUGUGCCCUGUCUGUGGGAAAAACUUUGGGUUGCGACACAGUCUUAUUAAGCAUCAGAGGAUCCACACAGGAGAAAAACCCUACACAUGCCAUGACUGCGGGAAAAGCUUCAGGCAGAAAAAUCGUCUUACAGAACAUCAGAGACUCCACACAGGAGAGAAACCCUAUUCAUGUCUUGACUGUGGGAAAAGUUUCAGGUUGGGACAUGAACUUACUAAGCAUCAGAGGUGCCAUACAGGGGAGGAACCCUACAUGUGCUCUGACUGCGGGAAAAGGUUCAGGUACCGAGAUGGUUUUGCUAAGCAUCGGAGACUCCACACAGGGGAGAAGCCAUAUUCAUGUGCUGACUGUGGGGAGAAAUUCCAUCUGGGCCGUUCCCUUAAGCAGCAUCAGAGCAUGCACACAGGCUCUAAAACCACAUCCACCCUUGACUCCAGACUUUCCCGUAGUCCCCAAGGAGAGGAUAAAGAAAUGGCUGCUAUACCGCUUGCUCAGGGGCUGGUGACUUUGGAGGAGGUGGCUGUGGGUUUUCCCGGGAAGCAGAGAUCUCCACUGGACUCCAGUCAGAGAGCUCUCUACUGGGAUGUUAUGCUGGAGAAAAAUGAGACUCUGGUCUCCCUUGCAAGUAAAGAGACCUUCAGCCAGAACAAGGCGGAGAAUCCCCAGCAGCCCUACCCAGAGGAGGCAGAACCCUGCAGCUCGGUCCUGGGAAGAGCAAAAGGGGAUGAUCCCCAGUGUCUUGAGCACAAAGAAGCCCAUGAGAGUCAGCACAAACUAAAGGGGCAGAAAGCAAAUCUCUCCCAGGGGAGAUGUGUUGAUUCCAGUCCUGGUGGAUGUAGCUUCUGGGACCAGAAAGGAGCCGUGGUCCAGCCAAGAAUCUGCAGUCAAGAGAAACCCUUUGAAUGUGCUGACUGUGGCAGAAGAUUCCAGCGCAGGUCAAAGCUUUCUGUACAUCAGAGAGUGCACACUGGCAUGAGACCCUAUAAAUGCCUUGACUGUGAGAAAAGCUUUAUCACUAGCUCAGAUCUUCUGCAGCAUCAGAUCCUCCACUCGGGAGACAAGCCCUACAUAUGCCCUGACUGUGGGAAAUGCUUCACCCGUAAGUAUGGACUUACUGAACACCAGAGCAUCCACACGGGUGAGAAACCCUAUGUGUGCCCUAAUUGUGGGAAAAGUUUCAGACGGAAGAAUGGCCUCAUUCAACACGAGAGGAUCCACACGGGAGAGAAACCCUACUCGUGUCCUGAGUGUGGUAGAAGAUUCAGGUUGGGACAUGAACUUACAAAGCAUCAGAGGCACCACACAGGGGAGAAACCCUACAUGUGCUCUGACUGUGGGAAAAGGUUCAGGUAUCAAGAAAGUCUCACAAAGCAUCGGAGGUUUCACACGGGGGAAAAACCCUAUGUGUGCUCUGACUGUGGAAAGUGUUUCAGGUACCAAGAGAGUCUUACUAAGCAUUGGAGGCUCCACACAGGGGAGAAACCCUACAUGUGCUCUGACUGUGGGAAGUGUUUCAGGUACCAAGAGAGUCUCACUAAACAUUGGAGACUCCACACAGGGGAGGAACCUUACCUGUGCUCUGACUGUGGGAAAUGUUUUAAGUACCAAGGGAGUCUUACUAAGCAUCGGAAACUCCACACAGGGGAGAAACCCUACACAUGCCCUGACUGCGGGGAGAGCUUCCGUCUGGGACGUUCCCUUAAGCAGCAUCAGAGCAUCCACACAGGCUUCAGACCCAUGUCCACCUUUGACUCCAAAUCAUCCCAUAGUUCCUGGGGAUAUGGAAGAGAAAUGGCAGCAGUGGCACUGACUCAGGGGUCAGUGAUCUUCGAGGAGGUGGCUGUAUAUUUUACCAAAGGGGAGUGGACUUUGCUGGACUCCAGCCAGAGAGCCCUCUACAGGGAUGUCAUGUUUGAGAAUUAUGAGAUGGUAGUCUCACUGGCUGGAUUUCCCAUUCCCAAACCUGAUGUGAUCUCCCAGCUGGAACAGGGGGAAGAGCCAUGGGGCCCAGAUCAGAAAGGCACUGAAGAAAGGGAGAUCCUGAGAAACAUGCACACAGCAGGCCAUGGGGCAGUGAGUGAGAACUCCCAGCAGCCGUGUCCUGAGCAAGUGGAAGCAAGUAGGGCAUCACUGGGAAGAUUUGUAGGACACGUUUCCCAGAGCCGUGAACAGGGAGAAGCUUGUGUGAGUCAGGACCAGCCAGAGACUCUCCAGGCAAAGUGACCUCAGCAGGACUCCUAGAAGUCACUCUCAUUGAGAGGGAGGCCUGGAGGAUUGUCAUGGGACCGUUGUGCAGCCCAGAACCUGUAGCAAGAGACUGGGUGAAUGUGUAGAAGAAACUUCUGAUCCUGGCUGAAGCUUCGUGCAUGUUGUGUAGUACACUUGCAGGAGAAGCCACAUAUGUGGCCCAGCUAUGGGAAAAGCUUCAUGUGGGGGACUUGGUGCUCCAUUGUCUAAUCCACACAGAGAACUCACACGUGCUGUAAAUGUGGGCGAAGAUGCUUGGAGCAUUUCCCUUGCUGUACAUCAUGUAACCCCACAUGAAAAAACUGGAAUUGACUGCAGGCAGGGGUGGAUCUGGGGGAGGCAGGGGUGAGGUUGCACCCCCCUUUGAUUCCUUCUGCAGGUGUAGAGGGGCAGGGAGGGACCCAACUUCUGAUUGGGGUUGUGGGACCUGAUGUGAGGCCCCAUAGCUUCUCUUUGGUUCUCUCCAUCUCUGUGCUGGUCAGACUUGCUGCAGCUAUGGUGGUGGCAGGUCUGGUCAGAGCAGGGUAUGGGGAAUGUGAUGCUGACUACAGGAGAGUAGCACUGGUUUUGACUGUUGGUUGCAAUGAUUUCGGUUCCCCACACUCCAGCUGUUAGUGUGGUGCAGGCAUGGGCUUAGGCUGCUGUUUAUGGGGCAUGGGCUCCCUUUACACUGGUUUCAGCAGUCCCUACAGUGUAGAUUCUCUGGGGACUGAGAUGCUACUGCCUGUCCCAGCUGCAGCAGCUGGAGCCCGUGCCUACACCCACGCAACAGUUGGAGCAUGGGGGGCCCAAGCCAUGCCAGGUAACACUCCUGCUCUCUGGCAGUCAGCAUAAUAUUCCCCAGCCCCAAUCUUGCUCUGCCCCAGGCAUGCUAUACCUCUGCCCUGACUCCCUGCUGCUGCCUCCAUGGCUGCAACAACUCUGUAAGAUCUGUUUGAAGGAGGAGUGGGUAGUGAGGGCAGACAGGAUAUCCCCAGCUUCUCACCACAGGCCAGGGAAAGGGCUGCUCUCUGCUUCCUGUCCCAUUCCUCCACUUCUGCUGGGAACCCCAGGGCAGCCAAGCUUGGGGUUCUGCCCAGCCAUGGGGCAAGGAGCUUGCCCCGCUGCCUUUGGCAGGCUGCUUUCACCAUCCCUGGAAAAGGUGGGUGUGGGUUGCAUCUCCCCUUUUCUAAUCCUAGAUCUGCCCGUGACUGCAGGAAGAGCUUCAGGAGGAACAACUGGAAAAUGCACAAGAGCCUAGAGACCCCAUAGGGUCAUACCUUUGGUCAUACCUUACUAGACACAAGAGAAUCCACUCAAGAGGGUGAGCUGAGCGUACAUCACUGGCCGAGUGUCUAGGUAAAGACUGCAGGUGGGGAAGUGGUUUGGGUGACAGUAGAGAGGGGCUGGUACAGACUGGAGGAGGAGGCAGCACUGGGAAGUACAGAUAUGAGUCAUCCCAGGUCAUGAGGGAGCCAGCAGUGGGAGAUGUCUUUGGGUCUCAUGAACUAUCUCUAUGUAAAGAGAAGAAAAUAGAACUGCCCCUCAUAUGUUGUGUCUGACAACAGCUCUGGCUUUCUGGGUUGAGGCAGCUGAGUGUUAUUGAGGAAGGCCACGAAGGGCCCCAUCUCUGAAAUGUCUGCAUAGCCUGCUUUGGGGGAUUUGCCACCUGAUUAGCAAAGUAGUGACUAUAUUAGGGCUGGAGUAGGACCAAUGUGCAAGCCACAGGAUGCUUUUAUGACUAAUGUAGCUGCUUUUGCAACUCUCCCUGACCAUUCAAAGCUUUUGACUUUCCUUAGCCCCUGCAUUGCCCUUAGAUUGUGUAUAGGGGUUUGGAAGUGGAGGCAGCAACUCAUCCCACGGACAAAGGGAGCUGGAGAACCAAGCAGGCUGGGAGGGCCUGAAUCGGGGCAGCACUGCGGUGCUGGUGGUGGUUGAAUCUGUGUUGGUGUAAGAAUUAUUUUCCUCUUGUGGAGCAGGGAAAAUAAAGCAGAGCCUCUUG